AAGGAGGUUAGCCACAUGUUUUAGGAGGGGAAAUAAUAUAGAAAUUCAUGCAGGGUGUGUGAUUGACAUCUCUGGAGGGAGAGCGAAAGGGAGAUGGAGAAGGGAGGGUAGUGUGGGGACACCACACAAUCUCUCUUUUCAAUCACUUUUCUAUAUGCUCUGAGGGGAAAGUGUUCUCACUCUCUUAAGUCUAUAUGAGCAUCUGUGGCACAGGCACUGGCUGGGUUCAGAGAGAGAGAGAGCGAGAGAGGGGACAUGCUCACAGCACAGGGAAGGAGGGAAGAGAAGAGAGACAGUCACAGAAGUGAAGAGACGUGACAGAGAGGAGAGACGCGUACUGCCUCUCAGGAAAAGCAAGGCACAGUACAAGGGAGCAGUGUACUGAGAUGGAUCCCAUCCUGGAGGAGGUCCUGAGUGGGGCCAACACUACUGGAGGCCCCUCCCUGAACCACAGCAACAACCCCCUGGACGUGUUCUCUGGCAUGCAGCUGCUGCUGCGCUUCAAGCCCCUCUUCCUGCCCCUCUACUGCCUUCUGGUGGCCGUGGCCGGCAUAGGCAACUCCAUCCUGCUGGCCUGUAUCCUGGCCGACAAGAAGCUCCACAAUGCCACCAACUUCUUCAUCGGUAACCUGGCGGCCGGCGACCUGCUGAUGUGUCUGACCUGUGUCCCUCUGACGGCCUCGUACGCCUUCGACAGCCGCGGCUGGGCCUUCGGACGCCCUCUCUGCCACCUGGUGCCGCUGUUGCAGGCCGCCACCGUCUUCGCCUCGGUGCUGUCCCUCACGGCCAUCGCCGUGGACCGCUACGUGGUGGUGGCCCACCCAGUGAGGAGGAGGAUCUCUGUCGGGGGCUGUGGCGCGGUGGCUCUGGGGGUGUGGGGGUUGUCUCUGGCCCUGGCUGCCCCUCCCUCCCUCCACACGCGCUACCUGGACUUGAGGCCCCGUGGGGUGGAGCUGGUGGUGUGUGAGGAGUUCUGGCCGAGCUCUGGCCAGCUCAGGCUGCUCUACUCCUGCUGUAUCCUGGUAGCCUCCUACAUGAUCCCUCUGCUGUCAGUCAGCGUGUCCUACUGUGCCAUCACAGUGCACCUGAGACGCCACACGCUGCCCGGAGAGCCCUCACACUGCCAGCAGCGCUGGAGUCAGAGGAGGAGGAAAACCUUCUCUCUCCUGGUGGCCUCUGUGCUUGCCUUUGCCCUCUGCUGGCUGCCCCUGCAGGUGCUGAACCUGCUGCUGGACCUGGACCCAGACUACCACAUUGUGGACAAGCGCUAUGUCAACGUGCUGCAGGUGUGCUGCCACCUGGUGGCCAUGAGCUCAGCCUGCUACAACCCCUUCAUCUACGCCUCUCUGCACAGUAAGGUCUGGCUGCACCUCAAGGGCUACCUGUGCCCUUACUGCCGCCAGGAGCCCCCAGGGGGCCAGCUCCUCUCCCGCUCCACCUCCCGGAACCCGGCCACCUGCCUCAGCCUGCUCUCUGAGGUCUCCGCCCCCGCCAAGGAGACCCCGGGAGUCGUCGGUCCUGACUCCGACCCCACCAAUGACAGCACCCUCUGAAAACAUCAGGAACCACGGUAUGGUUUAUAGGUAGGGGUCAAAGGUCAUAUACCACAGCAGCAGCCAUUACAUAUAUCUCAUAUACGCGUUAGAGAUGACAACGGGUGUCCAGCCAGACACCCGCUGUAGGAGCAGGGGGAGAAUGAGGAGAGACAGUGUGACAGGGGUUUUAGACUGCUCUGGAGACUGUCACCCCUCUGGAUAGUUCGUUCUGUUUGCCUUGGGUGUCACUACAUAAGCCCUGCUGCCAAAGACGAUGAGCAGGUCUCCCAGCUAGUGCGAGGCAGAGAGUGUAAACACUGUCACGACCAUGGGCUGGGAUGCAGGUCUGGCAGCGGCAGCGGGGGAGAUGACCCUUCUGUGAACUCCUCACUCUCCAAAUGGAUUACAAACUCAACGGAGGAGGACGGCAGGGCAAAAACAGUCUGCAAAGACAGCUCGCUCUUUUCGGUUGUUCCCUCAUUCUACUAUGCUUUUGAAAUCUUUCAUACUUUCUCUCCCUCUUUUUAAUCUCUCUUUUCCGAUUUAUUUCAAUGUAUGUCGCUAUAGUUUUAUAUUGAUUCCUCUCUCUUUUUCUCUGCCCCCCCUUUCACUAUCUGCCCCCCCCCCCCCUUCUCUUUCUUUUCGCCUGGGCGAUAUGGGACUGAUUCCCCAGCCCAGUGCUAGUUUCUGUAGGUGUGUUGGAGUAUCUUUGAAUAGGUGUUGAUCCCUGCAGUUGUCCUCUGCAGUCUCAAACCCAAUCAGCUCCCUGGAACGCAAUUAACCCAAAGUGAAGUGCUAUCUGUUCAGUUACCAACAGUGACAAUAUGGCUGCCAUAUUAACUGACAGGACAGGAACAGCACCCAGUCUGCCAAAUGUACCUCACAAUUGGAUUAGUUCCUUAUCUGUUGCUGGUUAGCGCAGCUAGAACACAAGGGACUUUUUUUAGUCUUUGUUUUGCCACUUUCUGAACCCAGAGAUACUGGCUUUGAGCCUAAUCAAAUGGAUUCAUUCCCAGAGGCCCUCUCAGGUGGUGUCUGUGACUUGGGUGUUAUGCUCUGUGAAAAAGGUUAGAAUGUUUUCAAAGUGAAUUUCUCCUCCAAAAAAAUGAUGUUGCACAACGUUCUGAUUUCCCAGUGUGUCGUGAUACACUGGGUUUCCGAGGAGGUGUGUGUUUCUAACGGGGUUGGGCAGCGGUGUCCAUGCCUGUCUUAGGGUGGUGGUUGAGACCCUAGUUUCAUUCUGACAGUUCAUUGGAGGUGUUAGGAUGGCUUAGUUAGCCGGGGUUAUUGUAGCUACCGUUCACAAGGCCCCCUGAGCACGCUGUCACUGACUCACUCUAGCAAACCACCCAUAGCGUCAUUCCAACAAGAACACUGGGCCGGAACGACUUUAAUUGUGAUAGUUAUGGAUGUUUGUGUUCAACCCGAUUUAAUCCAAACUGAAUGCUGCUGUUACGUGUGAGCAAAAUGUGUUUUUUCCUCAAUCUGCUAAAUAUAAUAGAAAAGUCUCAGGGGUUUUGAAUGAAACUCCUUUAAACAAACGGUUCAUGUAGGUUGUGAGUCACACAUACACACAUUUGAAACAAUUCCUCCUGCCAAUGCGCAUGCCCGCAGUUUCACACAUCCCAGUCGCACGCACACGGUUUCUGUUCCUUCUCUGAAGAGGCACCUGUUCUACCCUACCUCUUUGUUGGCAUCAGCUUGGUUUCCUGUAUGCUGUUCAGGGGCCCCAUGCCCAUAGGGGGGCACAGGGGCACGUACCCCAUUAGACUUUUCCUGUUGCUUUAUUUUUCCGAUGUUGCAUGAAUUACUGAACUUUAAUUUUUUAAGCCCACAUUUUAAUCAUAAUCAUUUAUAAUAAUAAAAUCUGAUCUGACAGCUGUAUUUUGCAGUGGGGGGCACAAUGACUGGACCAGGCAAAGUGUACCCCCUUAUUCUGUGGAGAUGAAUAAAAAAAAAUGAAUUAGGCAAGUCAGUUAAGAACAAAUUCUUGUUUACAGUGACGGCCUACCCCCGGCCAAACCCUGGACGACGCUGGGCCAAUUGUGUGCUCCCCUAUGGGACUCCCAAUCACGGCCGGUUGGGAUACAGCCUGGAAUUUAACCAGAGUGUCUGUAGUGACGCCUCAAGCACUGAGAGGCAGUGCCUUAGACUGCUGCACCACUCGGGAGCCCCUGGCAAAUGGUUCCUUCCCAGGUGCAUCACAUAGUAUAGAUAGGCAGGACGCUAGAUACUGUACUCUAGUGCAGCGGUAUUCAAUUCUUACCCUAUGAGGUCCGGAGCCUACUGUUUUUUUGUUCGACCUGAUAAGUAACCCACCUGGUGUCUCAGGUCUAAAUCAGUCCCCGAUUAGAGGGGAACAAUGAAAACAAGAAGUAGAGCUGGCUUCGAGGUCCAGAUUUGAGGGCUACAGUGUGUGCAGACAGUGUCGUCAGUGGAGGAGGAGAGAGAGUGUCGUGACACACACAGCAGUUGAUUUGGUUGUAAUGGCCAGUGAUGGUUAGGACUCGCGGGGGGGUAUGCUUGUAAAUGAAUUCGAUCAAGCCAUGUAGCCUAUUGUUCCUUCUUGAUGAAUAAAUAAAGCAAAAAUGUUUUGUUGUUUCUCUGUAAUACUAGCCACCUAGCAAUUGUAUGAAGUUGGUUUUAGCUAGCCAGCUAGAUAUGUUCCCAAUCUCCAAACCUCUACCCAGCUAUUUCAGGCUAUCAAUCAAGUUGGAGUAGCUUUUCUAACUGUCUUAGCUCACAUCCAUUUCUAUAUUUUACCCAGAUUUUAGCAGAGAUGCAGAAAAUAAUAUUUAGUUUCUUAAAAAAAACAACUAAAAAAACAUGCUUAGAUAUGCAGAAUAAUACGUUGUUUAAAUGUAAUCUGUCACCUUAUGAUAACAUGUUAUUUGUGUAUUAAUUAUGAUGCCCUGAUAUAUGCCUGUAUUGAUCAUGUGUGUUAUCAUUCCAUGUACUGUGUUUGGUCAUUUGGAUGUAAUAUCCUAGGCGGCAUGUUAGUGCAGUAUAUUGAGAUGUGUGAUUUACAACAGUCAGAUUGACACCCUCAUUAAAAUUACAAAUGAACAAAUGAAGAGGUAUGCUUAGAUAACCUACGCAGAGAAAUAUACAUUUUUUUUUUUACAUAAAAUUAGGCAUAAUGAUUAUGGAUUCAUUGUAGGAAAAAGCUGUGUCAAGUGUUUGAAACAUGCUAAAUCCCCCCCCCCCCCCCCUCCCGCCCCAUCCUCCGAGAAUAAUUGGUGCAUGACGCACGCCCCUGAUCCUGUUCGUUUGCAAAUUAA